GUUGUAGUUUUCUGUUUGAAUCUAGGAUCAGGUCAGAGACCGUUGACUAGUGAGAUAAUAGAAGGUAUGGGGAGCCUCUACGGCCUUAUAAUCAGCCGAGGAUUCUUGCUUUGGCCGGUAGCACUGCGUUGCACUCUCGCUCCGGUGUGGUAGUGCGUGAUCGCUGGUGUUGGUUGCGGUGGAGUGUAACAUGUGACGAUGAUGGGGUGUAUAUAGUAACCCUUCGGGUGGUUUUGUACAGGUUUCCCAUGGCGAGGCGACUACCUGGUAGCACCCCACCCCUUCUCUUUAUCUCUGAAAUAUACUUGUACAGCCCUUCUCUAUGCCAGGUCCGGACCUCGCGCCGUAUCAGAAUGAGGUUAAGAGGAUCGGUUAUGCAACAUCUUACGAGAGACAGACCGUCCUCCUGACGGGCAGCACGGGCUCACUGGGAGGAUGUAUUCUGUAUAAGCUGGCAGUGCAGCUUCCGACGCGGAAGAUAUUUGUUUUGAUCCGUGGGUCGUCGGAGUUGGCUGUGAAGAAAUGGAAGAAAGCCAUGCCGGAUCAUACUCAGGCGAUUCUGAACUCGAACAGGAUUCAUUACAUAGUCGGGGAUAUUAGGAAGUCGAACUUUGGGAUUGAGGACGUGAUGCUGAACCGAUUACGUGAAGAGGUCACGCUGGUUAUACAUGCAGCUGCGAGAAUCAAGCUGGAUGCGAGCAUCUCCGAAGCAUUAGAGAACAACUGUCUGCCCGCCUUAGAAUUGGCUGCGAUGGUUUCGCGGUUUCGUCGACUGAGGCUGUUCAUCCAGAUCUCCACUGCAUAUGUGAACAGCUUUUUGCCAGACGGUUAUGUGGGUGAGCGACUGUAUCCCAUUUCAGAUGACGACCCAGAGGACGAAUUGGCAACCAUACAAGCAACUGGUCAUUCUCCCUAUACGGAUCGCUUCUCGUCAUCUUAUACCCAUGCAAAGCAUCUAAUGGAGCGCUUGACGUUCAAGCGGUACCCGAUGCUCCCGGUGUUGUUUGUCCGUCCGACCAUCUUUGGACCGGCCGUCAGACACCCAUAUCCGCUGUACGGACCCGAAGAUUCGACGCCCCUGACGAAGUUCUCUACACUAUACUUUUCGGACCAGGGAGGUACCCAGAUAUGGCACGCCGCAGAAGGGUAUACAAGUGCGGCGGGGACGCAGGGGAUCGUUCAUAUUGGAUCUCAAUUAUAUGUGAGCCAUACGUUCGACGAGAUCCUGGCUAUAUGCAGGGAGAAUGCCCCGGAGGAGAUUCGGCAUGAGCUACCAAAAAUAAUAUUCGUGCAAGACCGAAGUAUCCCACAGCAUAUCUUGGCAGAGCUUGUCAAGGUGGGCACACGCAACUGGGUCUUUGAUUGCGGGCGAUCAUACUGGCUGAAGCAACUCGGAGGUCCCCUGAGCUUAGCGAUCUGUCAACUUGAUUCUGAACGGCUUGCCUCAGCACGGACGAAGGAAGCUUAUGAAAAGGUGCUGAGGAGGAUGGGAAAGCUUUGAAGAGGCGCCUGUGCAUUAUUUUGAGAUAGUCAUUUGCAUUACCUGUUAUUUAUACGCGAUGUCCUUGUUGUGUUUUAGUCUGUGCUGAUAGACCCGUGUUCAUCCAUACGCUGAC